GGAGCCCGACAGCCUUGCCGACUCCCAGAGGGACAGCGGGAAGGGACAAGGCACCUGCACCCGGGCUGGGACCCUCCAGUGACACCGUGGAUGGGCGACAGAGGAAAAGGAACAAGGGGAAAUGGAGCUGCAGGCUGACACCGCCUUUCCCUGCCAGUGAGCACCAGCCAGGGCCAUGGACGAGGCAACGGAGCUGCAGAUGGGCGGGAACUCCCUGCUGAAGGCAGUGUGGCUUGGUCGGCUCCGGCUGACCAGGCUCCUGCUGGAAGGGGGGGCUUACAUCAACGAGAGCAACGAGAAAGGGGAGACUGCCCUCAUGGUGGCCUGCAUCACUAAGCAUGUCGACCAGCAGAGCAUUAACAAAGCCAAGAUGGUGAAGUACCUGCUGGACAACAGAGCUGACCCCAACAUCCAGGACAAGUCGGGGAAGACCGCCCUCAUGCACGCCUGCAUCCAAGGCGCUGGGGGAGACGUGGUCUCCCUGCUGCUGGAGAACGGGGCAGACCCCAGCCUAGAGGACCACUCUGGGGCGUCAGCUCUGGUCCACGCCAUCAAUGCUGACGACAAGGGUGUGCUGCAGCAUCUCCUCAAUGCCUGCAAAGCGAAAGGGAAGGAGGUGAUCAUUAUCACCAUGGACAAAUCAGCCUCUGGCACCAAGACGGCCAAGCAGUACCUGAACGUUCCCCCGUCGCUGGAGUUCAAGGAGAAGCCACCCGCCGAGGCCUGCGCAACACCCUCCGACAUCAACCUGAAAACACCUGUCUCAGCACCUUCCCCUGCUGAGAAGGAAAACAGCAUUUUUGGCUCACAGCCGGCACAUCCCAGAGACAGCCAUUCUGCCAAGGCUCCCAACGAGCCACCCUCUCCCAGCCGGAAAACCUGCAAUCCCAAGAGAGCCCGUUUGCCGCAGCUGAAGCGGCUGCAGUCAGAACCGUGGGGUCUCAUCGCGCCCUCAGUGCUGGCUGCUUCCACGAACAACGACGACGCUAAGCGGGUCUGCACAGAUGAUGAACUAAUCAUGGGCAUCAGCGACCUGUCAUUUUCCAAAAAGGCUCCUCUAGCUAGGACCAACAGCAGCAAGAGCAAAGACCCCUCUCUCUUCCCCCUGGUAGAUGAGCAGGCUCUGAAGACACCAUCAGCUUCCGGGUCAGUCACAAGGAAAACGGUUUACGAGAAGAGUCAGGCUGCCCAUCAGCGCUUGCCCCGAAGGAGCACAGCCCCUGCGGAGUCAGAGAGCAUCGGCUCCUCCGCUGUGGGCUCAGCAGCGGCAGUGGACACGCUGCACUGGAGGAGGCUGGCCACCGAGCACCAUGGCUCUGACUCGCAGCUCUCCUGCAGCAGCACCGGCCCGGCCGAUGCGGGGAAGGUGCCUUCGGAGAGGAGGAAGAGCAACGGUUCCCACCUGGCUCUGUUCAACGGCUCGCGAGAGUCCCUGGACAGCAUCUCCAGCACAUCUCCCGGGACAGUCCGUCGCCGACCGCCCAACCUGCUGGAAAGGCGAGGGUCUGGGACCCUUCUGCUAGACCACAUCUCUCACACGAGACCAGGAUAUCUGCCACCGCUGAACGUGAACCCCAACCCCCCAAUCCCUGACAUUGGCUCCAACAGCAAAACUUCCUCCCCACUCACUGCUGGCUUAAAGUCCCUGGUACCCGUUGCUCCUAGCUCACCCAAAAGGGGUGACUUGAGAACCAAAAAGAAGCUCCUCCGGAGACACUCCAUGCAAGUGGAGCAGAUGAGGCAGCUCUCUGAUUUUGAGGAAAUAGUGGUCCUGUAGUUACAUGGCAGUUUAUCUUCCAGAAAGUUUACCAAAUCAAUGUCCCCUCUGUAGAAAUGUAAAUGAUGGUUCCUGAACACAGCAGUCACCCGGCUCUGGGGGAAGCACUGGCAGCUAAGGGGGUGUCUAGACCUGCAUGCGGGGUUGAAUGAGGAGAUGCUUGCGCCCGGUUUCCAGACCUGUAAAGAGAACUAGGGAAUCACAGGCAACAGGGAAUCAAGCCCAAACAUUUAAAGAAUCCUCUGCUCUUAAUUCCUUUCUGGACUUCCCCCAAGAGCAACUAUCUGAGAUCCGUUCUCAGAACAUCUGAGAUAUAGUCAAGCUGCACACAAAGGCUCCUGGCUGUGGUUCAUUUCUUCCUGAUUAUUUAUGAUCCAUUUCUGUUCCAUCCCACUCGUUCUGACACAGAAACCAGUCUGGGAGCCCCGUGUCAGGGAGCCACAGGGAUGAUGUAUUUGUGAAGUGCCUAUGAGGAAGGAAAGGAGCUUAAUGCUGUGAGAGGCUGGAAGAACAGAAAUAACCCUCCUUAGCAAUUGAAUGUAUUUAUGCCUUCACUGUGCUGGAGAAGGGAGACAAUCCUCUGCCUCAGAGAUAUCCCAGCACUUUGAAACCCCAGAUGCUGAGUUAAAUCUGUUACCGGUGCAACCCAGUGUCUUCAGUGGGCUCGCAUCUGGAAUGGAUUUGCCUCAGCUUCUCUAAAGUAACUCAGACUCAGAGGCAUUUCCCACCGCACUGAGCAAUUGCAAGCACUGAAUUCCCCCCCAAGGAGCACUCCCAGCUCCGUCUGUACGGGAAGCUUCGGCGAAGGAUGGGGUGACGCUCGGCCCGGGCUGCCGUCACGGGGUGGGCUCCCAGCGGGGCCGCGCGCGAGGCACCGCAGCGUCAGGCCCCGGGCACGGCCCUGAUCCCCGGCUGCCUGGGAGCUGCAUCGCCAGCGAGCAGCGCGCUGGAGAGGGUUCAUCCCGCAGCGAGGGAACCUGCGGACGCAGCACCGCAGCCAGGAUGCCUCUGUUCUGCUCCUCCACCGCAAUAACGGUCCUGGGGCCAAUGGCCCUGCAGAAGCAGAGCCAAGCGAGGGAGGAGGGGAAGGACUGGGGGGGCCUGGGCCCAGGCAGGAGGAAGGGGCAGCCAGGAGAGGAGCCUGCCCGGUGCUGCUGCCCGCAGCAGCUUUCUGCACAGCCUGGUCCUGAUGCAGCCGGGAAAUGUCUGCAGGGCUGGCGGUGGGAAUCUGCGUAUCCUCCUUUGUGCGUGGGGACCCAGACCCCAGUCCUACAAACGGAGCUGUGCAGCACCCAGCUGCAGCACCAGGCCUGCACAAGCAGCACGCGGCCGCUUUGCAACAUCAGGGCAGCAAGACCUUGCGCCUUCAACCCGCUCCCACCCACGUCCCUCACUGCUUUGGCCUCACCAAAGCACCGGCUGUGGGGAACACUCCCCAACACACGUUUAUUUUGGAUUCUGGGCUGGUUUUGGCCUUCCUGUGCUGCAGCUGCUGUCAAUCUCAGCUAAACCCCACUGCACAGAACCAGCUCGAAGAGGAAAAUCAACCCACGGUCUUGUGCUAUUAACUCAGUGAAUGUUUUGGAUCUGCAGCCUACCUUAAAUGUCGUGCCACUAGUUUAAACCCAAGUGAGAAUAACUCCUGUGGGUUUAUUCAAUGAAAUCUAACACGUCCCGACGCCCACGGUAAAGACGGCACAGCAUCGCUUUGACAAGCAAGUGACAGCAGUCUCGCUCCACUCGGGCUGAUGUGUCGUUCUGUCGUUGCCUAGAUCAGCCGAACACACGCUUCCGCCAGUCCUUCCGAAACCACUCACGGUGCGCUCGUACUUCCCGGCGCGUUCGCUGUCCUCCGGACCGCUGCGAAACUUUGCACAGUUCCUGCACAAAGCAGCAUCGUAUGUUGUUUCAACUGCACAAGAAUGUCCUUUGAAAGUGCAUUUUAGAUUUAAAUACGCUAUUUAGAUCAAAGGUGGGCUUAUAUUUUUCCAGCCUUAAAGUUUAUACUUUCUGUAAGUCAAAUGUCUUACACAACGAAUUUCAGGCAUAUUUUACUUAUAACAAUGGAGUUUGUCUUAUAUUUUAGAUCGUGAAUUUGAAUCCUGUAGUUCACUUUUUCUGUUCAUUUUUAAAUAUUCCAAUAUUUUGUGGGUUUUUAAAGUGAAAUUUGAUGUCUUUCAUUAGUGAUCUAAGACAACAGUGCCUGCAAAAUGCAGGUUACGUGUUAUGAGCUUCCUGCAUUCUGUGCAUUGGAACUGGGAAUGUGAUAAGUGCUCCUUUAUUGGAAUAUACAGGAAUAUUUUAACCAACUUACUUAAACGAGCGUGUGUGUGUGCGUGUGUGCAUACAGACAUAAAUAUGCAGAAAGAUGUUUGAAGAUAGUGUCAUGUAAUAGCAUAGAAUUUUUAUAUUAUUAUUAUUAUAUUAAUAAAAAGUUUAGUAUCGUCCUUA